ACCUAUCCUUCUGCAACCGCCACGAACAAACCCUUUUUGACCUGUAAGGGAAUCCGUAAAAUCUCGCGAUCCGCGCGGCUGUCGGCAAAGUUAUCAUGGCGGCCUCCGUAUGUCGCCACGGGCUCAGCUCUAGGAAAACCACAGCACCUGUUCUCUUUCAUUAACAGGAGUGACUUUUGUUUCAUACUGGCAACUUGAAAGCCAUUUGAAAGUGUUUCAGUGGACAGCAAAAUGAACAACAAAGCAAGUUCCUUUCUAUGGAACCUCAGACAAUUCAGUACUUCAGUUCCAAAAAGCAGAACUUUGAGGCAGUAUCCUUUGGAAUUUUGCAGACCAAAAAAUGCUCAUUCAAACAGGAAGCUAAGAAACCUUCUGUUAAAUGACUUUCAUAAUGGAAUGCAGACAGCUGUUAGACAUCUCUUUCAGGGUGCAUUCAUUUUAAAAACAGGAUAUGGUGACUUUCAAACAAAAGACUUAAGCACCAUAACUGUCUUUAGAGUCAACAGACUACUUUGUUCUAGAAGCUUAUCCAUUGACUCAACAGGUUCUCUUGUCUCUGUUGGUACAUCUGAUCAUGGAUUGAAGAAAGUAAACUUCCAUCAUGAGACCUCUGGUGAAGAUGUGCUCACCAAGGAAAUAAAACCAACCCCUGUGAGCUAUAGAAAACUGUCUGAGGAAUGUAAUUCCCUGAGUGAUGUUUUAGAUACAUUUUCAAAAGCACCUACAUUUCCUAGUAGUAACUAUUUGUCUGCCAUGUGGACAAUUGCCAAAAGAAUGUCUGAUGACCAGAGGCAUUUUGAAAAGCAGUUGAUGUUUGAUCACCCUGCAUUUAACCAGCUGUGUGAACAAACGUUAAGAGAAGCCAAGAUUAUGCACUAUGACCACCUACUGUUCAGUCUUCAUGCUAUAGUGAAGCUUGGAGUCCCUCAGAAUACUCUUUUGGUACAGACGUUGCUGAGGCUAAUCCAGGAACGUAUCAAUGAGUGCGAUGAGAGAUGUCUUUCAGUUUUGUCGACUCUUUUAGAGGCAAUGGAGCCAUGCAAGAAUGUGCAUGCUCUUCGAGCAGGAUUGCGGAUACUAGUUGAUCAGCAAGUUUGGAAAAUAGAACAUGUCUUCACAUUACAAACUGUGAUGAAAUAUAUUGGAAAAGAUACACCAGUUGCUCUUAAAAGAAAAUUGGAGAUGAAAGCCUUGAGGGAAUUAGACAGAUUUUCUGCUUUGAAUAGCCAGCACAUGUUUGAGGUAUUAGCUGCCAUGAACCACCGUUCUGUUAUACUCCUGAAUGAAUGCAGUAAGAUGGUCAUAGAUAAUAUCCAUGGAUGUCCUUUUAAAAUAUUGAUCAGUAUAUUGCAGUCCUGCAAAGACCUCCGAUACCAGAAUUUAGAUCUAUUCAAGGGAAUAGCAGAUUAUGUGGCUACGACUUUUGAAAUCUGGAAAUUCAAACAAGUUCUUUUUCUCCUCCUUUUAUUUGCAAACCUUCACUUUCGACCUGUUGGUUUGAUGGACUUGUUUAUGAAGAAAAUAAUAGAAGAUCCUUUGCUCUUAAGCUCGAGGAACAUUGUCUCCAUUCUUCAUGUGUAUUCUUCUCUCAAUCACUUCUAUGAAUCCCAGAACAGAGAGUUCCUAGAUGUUAUGGCUAAUGCUCUGACUGGCAGUCUUCAUCACAUCUCUUCUGAAAACCUUUUGAAUGCAGUGUGUUCAUUCUGUGUGAUGAAUUAUUUCCCCUUGGCCCCUGUUAACCAGCUUCUCCAAAAGAACAUGGUCAAUGAGCUGCUGACAUCAGGUGACAUUAAGAGGAAUGCUCACAAGCUGCACAUUUUGGAUACUUGUCUAAAACUGGAUGUCACUUCUUAUCAGAAGGCCAUGAACAUAUCACUACCACAGCAGCCAUCACCACCAUCACACCCAAAUGCAAAGGUUACAGAGGCGUUAACUAGCCUUCUGGGUGGUGAAGGAUGCUUCUCCAAAGAUGUGCAGUUGCCACAUAAUUAUCAUAUUGAUUUUGAAAUCAGAAUGGAUACCAACAAGAACCAAGUACUUUCAUUUUCUGACACCGAUGUAACUACUGCUACAAAUAUGCAAAGAGUAGCUGUGCUGUGUGUUCCCAAAUCUGUUUAUUGUUUGGAUUCAAACCACCCCAGAGGAUUCUUUGCUGUGAAAAUGCGUCAUUUGAAUGCAAUGGGUUUUCAUGUAAUCUUGGUGAAUAAUUGGGAGAUGGAAAAACUAAAGACAGAAGAUGUGGUCACAUUUUUGAAGACUAAAAUCUAUUCAGUUGAAGCCCUUACUUCUGCUGAUGCAAAUUUACAAAGCACAUAUUAAAGUAAAAUUCAACCUUUUCAUAUUAGGACAUAUGCAUUUGUAAAAAUAACUUUAAUAAAGACUGAAAUUCAGUUAUCAAUAGAAUUUAUGUGACUGUUCACUAUUAUGAAAAAGUUGCUUCAUUUCUUUGUUCAAAUUAAUGUUAAGAAUGGCAGAAGUGUUAAUUAUUGGCAUUUUAGAAUAUACUGAAAAAAUUCCAGAAGGGUCUUUUUUCCAACAACACCUACCUAUUCCCUCUACUGCCCAGAUAUUUGACAAAUUCAAGAACUGUAGGUUUCACUUUUUCUCCCCAGCUUUAAUGUUUGAAAAAUUGGUUUUUUAGCUGGUCUUGAUGGUUCAUAGGCAAGUUGGUGUAGGUCGUCUUUGUGUUUGGAAUCUGUGUGUACAUACUUCUCUCAGCUGUUCUACAGCAGGGGUUGUACCUCCAAAUCAAAUCACUUCAAGUGUUGGCCAGAUAGUAAUUGGUCUUGGUUUUCAAGUUGUAGAGGGUGUGAGAACUAGUGAGGUAGCAUGUUAAAAUGAUAAGGAUGGCUUUGCAUUUGUAACCAGUGCGGCAGGUGGAGAAACACAGAUGAGAUAGUACAUAGACAGCAAUGGAUCCAUGUUUAUGAAAACCAAUGGACCGUGAGUUGCUAAUGCCUUGCUAUCAUUCACACUAUUCCUUUCUCUUACUUUCUUCCCCUUUACCUCUCCCAUCAUUUUAUGAGAUCUUUUUAAAUUAAAUAUAUAGCUGAAGUGUGUUGUGAAUCAGACCUGAGUACUAUUUUUCAAUUAUGUCUGUUAAGUCUUUUGUUCAAAUAUAUGUUGCUGUUUAAAUAUUUUCUUCUGUACCUGUCUACCCAGUGUUUGGGUGUCUGGGAUAUGGUGAUGAAUAGGCUGGAUCACCUGUGGAACUUGCAGUAUGGGUUUCAUGCAAGGUGGUGGUGUUCUACCCACAAGUACAUAAGACCUGCAAUUUCUAGACAUCUUACUAGGUACUGGCUACCGCUCAGUAUUCAUUUAUAAUUUCUGUUGUCUUAGACUUUUGAGGUGUUGCUGCUCUCAGGUCUCUCUCUGGACUUUCAUUUCCUCAUCUCUAGUAUGAGGAUAAGUUAUUUGCCAAGGCUACACAGAUGGUUGGUCAGAGCUAAGGUUUGACUGUGAGCUGGCAUGGGCUUAUUGGAAAAGUAGUCGAGGAUUCCCCAGGCUGACAAUACAACAAAACUGCCGCAAUAUGACAACAGCUGUUGGGUUUUUAUCAAUUUAAUGCAGCCUGCAUUUAGGAAAGGUUAGAACUAAAAGGAAGCUCCUUGGAUAUUUAGUGCCCUCCUUCAUUUUAUAGAUGAAGUUAAGGCUCAAAGAAUUUUAUUUUUCGGAAGUUGCAGCUAUGCCAUUGAUUUCUACAACAUCCUGUUUCUGGGCUUCUCACUGCAGGAGGUCUAGAUUCUGGUUCCAAAUUGGAUAUCAUCUAGUUCUGGCCAAAUGAUUUAACCUUUAUAAGCUUCAGAAUGAGUGAGAAUAUUCUGUUAUUAGAGAAACUAGGGUUCAUUCUUUAAAUGUUAAGUGUGUAUCAGUUUCUUCUAGAGGUUAAUUAUGACUCAUAUUCAGAGAAUUGGACAAAUUUAUGAAUACUUAAACUGCCAUUUGGAGUAGUAAUUUUCUUGAGUUUGAACUGAUUGACAUAGCAGAUGAAAAGGCAUUUCCCUUUGACUGCAUCGCUAGUGUUAGCAUUCUUCAUUUUGUGGCAAUGGAAGAAAAAUGGGCAGAGACCUGUUCAACAUGAAGCAGUUGCAGUCUCCUAGUAAAUAUGUGCACAUACAAACAACUGAGAUACGUUCGCCUUUCAAAUUAGUAUUUGGUUUUUCUCUAAGAAUUACUGUGCUAAUGAAGGUAUGAUGAGGCAAGCACUUGCAUGUACUCCUAGUGGAAUGUAAAUACAAUCCUUCUGGAAGUACUUUAUGUUUUUUUUUCUCCUAUAUUUAAAAAAAUGGCUUUAUUGAAAUAUAAUUGACCUACAAUAAACUGUAUAUAUUUAAGAUGCACAAUUUGAUAAAUUUUGAUACACACACACAUGCCUAUGAAACCAUCACCACAAUCAAGAUAAUUAACAUGUCCAUCACCAUUAAAAGCUUCCUCUCUUUUUUUGCCUUUUCCUUUGUCCCCUGGAAACCACAAAUCUGUGGCACACAUAGAAAAAGAUAGUAUUUCCAUCACACUAGCUGCAGAGCAUUCACAGUAUCUAUUUAGAAG